AUGCUCGGUGGACUCGCUUCCAAGGUCGGCUUUGCAAACAGUCGUGCGUUCGACAUCGACGCCGACCUCCCCGACCUCUCGGGCAAGGUCGCCGUCGUGACGGGCGGAAACGACGGCAUCGGCUUCAUCACGGUCCGCGCACUCUGGCGCAAGGGCUGCAAGGUCUACCUCGCCUGCCGCAGCGAGCAGAAGGCCCGGGAUGCCAUCGCGCGCCUCACCAAGGAGCACCCGGGCAGCGACCACACCCUCGUGUUCCUCCCGUUCGACCUCACCCAGCUCGCGUCGGCCAAGAAGGCGGGCGAGACGCUCGAGCAGAACGAGUCGCGCCUCGACAUCGUCGUCUGCAACGCCGGCGUCAUGGCCUGGCCGUACGAGCUCGUCAACGGCGUCGAGGUCCAGUUCUGGAACCACCUCGGCCACUUUGCGCUCGUGCAGGCCGUCCUUCCGCUCCUCAAGAAGACGGCGCAGGCCCCUGGUGCGACGAGCGUCCGGGUCGUUAGCGUCUCGUCGGUCGCCCACCAGAUGAGCCCAAAGCCCGACUACAGCAGCCUCGAGAGCGUCAACCGCCAAAUGACGAGCACGUGGCAACGAUACGGCCAGAGCAAGCUCGCCAACAUUCACUUUGCCGUCGCGCUCCAGAACCGCCUCGAGGGCGAGAACAUCCGGGUCAACACGCUCCACCCGGGCAACAUCAACACGUCGCUCAUGCGCGGGCCCGUCGCCAGUUACGGCUUCUUUGGCAAAGUUAUCAAGGCGACGACGAGCAGGUUCCUCAUGACGCCCGACGAUGGCGCCAAGACGCAGAUCUACCUCGCCGCCUCGCGCGAGGUCGACGAGAAGGACUACCGCGGCAAGUACUUUAUCCCGAUCGCGACGCCGGCGACGCCGACGGCGUAUGCGCAGGACAAGGAGCUCGCGGACCAGCUUUGGCGCCUCUCGGAGGACCUCGUCAAGCAGCUCAGCACCUAG